CCGUCAGAACAGAGUGUUUUCACCAACCGCGAGAGUAGAUCUGACGAUGGGCGCCGGAGGAACAGAGUGUUUUCACCAACCGCGAGAGUAGAUCUGACGAUGGGCGCCGGAGGGUUCAUCGGCUCGCAUCUGUGUGAAAUGACAAUGGUGGAGAGGCCUGUGCUGGCGGUGGACAUGCACAAUGGCAAGAUGAAGCACUUUCUCCCUUCGUCCUUACUCGACUUCCACCGCUUCAACCUUCAGAAGGCCUCUCGCCCGGUUCUGUUCCAUACUCUGGAUCUGAGUUUACGGUCUACAGGAGGAAUUUUUGCCGAUCUUUGUGGGGUCAUCUUCAGUAAUGGUGGUAAUGGUGUUGUUGUUUGUCCAUCAUCCAAGAAUGUUGUUCAGAGUGGAUCAAUAGUGGAGACCCUAGCAUGCGAUCUUCUACUGGAGGCUGCCAUGAGGGCGAUACAGUUUCAUGGGUGGAGUUUACGCAUUGAGGGGCCCUGGAAAUGGAUCUUGUCAGAAUUUGCUGACCACUAUGGAGUUUCUGACUCUUACACAAAAUUGAGAUACCUUUCUUAUGUCUUGAAUGUGGCCACUCCAACUAAAGAUUGCUUAGAACUUUUGCAUGAGUUGCUUGUCCCAGUCCUCAAGGCCAGAAGUGAGAGAAAUUUAACAAGACAAGAAAAAAGCAUUCUGUUAGAUUGUGAGAAUCAAAUCGAAAGGCUUUUGGCAGAGGUGUUUCAGAGCUACAAGUUGCUUGAUGAAAAAUCUCCAACCGGUUUGGCAGAUAUGUCGGCUCCAAUAUCAGAAACUGCAGCACCAGCACUAACUCCGGCCGUUCAAAUAUACACAUUUCUACAUGACAUACUAGCUCAACAUGCUCAGACUGUGCUGAGAAACUCUCUUGAGGUAAGUCCCAUCAAAUGCUGCACAUUAUCAAUAGGUCCAGAGAUGCUUGAAGAAGAGAAGAAAAUGCUUUGUGGGGUCAGCUUCACUAAUGGUGUUGCUUCACUAAUGGUGUUGCUGUUUGUUCAUCUUUCAGGAAUGCUGUUCAGAAACACUUGGAUGCGCGUUAUCAACACUGCUCGGCAGCAGCGGCAGCAGCCUACAAAUAAUUAUGGACUAUCCCGAAACCUCAGUAUUGUUCAUCACCGUGCAAUAAAUAUUCCUGAAGACCCGAACCCAGACGACAACCCCGUGGAGUCGGACGACGAGGACCAUGAGCCCCUGAUUUCCCUAACAUGCCCCAACACCAAUAAUUUCAUCACAAACGUGACUUGGGAUCUAAUCCUAGCACCAAAACCCAUAUGGAAGGAAGCUCAAUUUUUUGUCCGUUCCAUAGCUGAAUGGGCCAUCUCAACCCUUGUAGUGUUUGCCCUCAGCAAAGAUAACAUAAAAAACGACUUUUGGAGCAACGUCUUGGUUUUCUUGCUGACCAUGCAGGGAUUACCAAUGAUAAACAUUCUUGUCGGUUUUGGGCUUUUCGAUUGUACUGGCUGCACAAUUGUCAUCUAUUUUGGGUUGCUAACUGCAAUUAUUCUUGCCAAACACAUCCCUCCAUGGGCGGCACCGCUCGUAACAACCGUGCUCAAGUUUGGCAAACAAGGGCUUCAAGAGUCCCGCGCAAGAGGCUAUUUUGAUGUGAUGCAGAUCAGGUGCACAACCCUACUCCAAAGAAUGAGGUUUUAG